AUGCUUAAUGAACUAGGGCUUUCAGGGAAUAAUCUAACAGGCAAAAUUCCAGGAGAGAUUGGUAACUUAACCAUGCUUGUGUCACUAUCAGCUUCAUAUAAUGAUCUUAUAGGAUUAAUACCUCAAGAGCUUGGCAAUCUAUACAACCUUGAAAUCCUUCAGAUCAAAAACAAUAGUUUAAGCGGUUCAAUACCAGCAGGGAUAUUCAAUCUCUCCAGGCUGAUAUCCCUUUUUUUUGCAGCCAAUCAACAUUCUGGAAAUCUUCCACAAAGUAUGGAUUUUGGUCUUUCCAGUUUAACAGAACUUGUUCUGUCCAUGAAUAACUUAGGUGGAGUUAUACCAAACUCAAUCUCCAAUUGUUUUCAACUUAAAUUCCUUGAACUAUCAUCAAACCAAUUCAGAGGAUCUAUUCCUUGCUCCCUUGGGAAUUUAAGCUUUCUUCGAUAUUUGGGCCUUCAUAUUAACAAUUUAACAAGUGAACCUUCACCUCCAGAACUGAGCUUUAUCACCUGUCUGGCAAAUUGCAAGAACUUGAAGGUAAAUGAAGUAAGCUAUAAUCCGUCGCUGAUUGGCUAUUUGCCUGAUUCUAUUCAAAAUCUUUCUAGUUCCCUGGAAAUGUCCUCGGUAUCAAGUUGUUAUAUCAAAGGCAUCAUACCAAAUGGAAUUGGAAACCUAUGUGGUUUGACAUCAUUAUAUAUAGACAAUAAUCGGGUUGAUUGGUUCAAUUCCUGA